AUGGAGAGAGCAGAUCAUGCUGUAAUGAUGGAGAACAACGUGAUGAACGCUGAGAGCAAGGCUUGGAUUAAUUCUCUGAAUAAAGACAAUAAAGUAUCCAUUCUGGAGAGGAUGGAAAGGUGUAAUAUUAAUCUUGUACAGGUUAAUGUCAGAGGAAAUAUGGUGGCCCUCCUACAGACUGGGCUGGAGAAACUCCUCCACUUGGGACAGAAAUAUUUAUCAACAAUCUCCCUCAAGAAAUCUAUGAAGAUAAAUGAAUUCCACUUUUUCUGAUUGCUGGAACAUUCUAUGAGUUUUGUCUUAUGAUGACUUUUCUAGUGA